GAUAGAGUGCUAGAUGUUAGAUAUAAUUGAUGAAAUAUAGGAGAGUAUAAUACUGAUAAAAUUUUAGAUUUUUAGAGUGCUAAAUCAAAAUUUGAAUAUUUAGAAGAGAAUAAAAAUUUAAAAUAUGAUUAAGAUAAUGAAGAAAAAUAAGAUUAUGAUUAAAUUUAAAAGAUUAAUGAUUUAAAGGAUAAAAUUGCAGAUUCAAAAGAGUAAGAGAAAAGAAAGAAAGAAAAAGCAAGCAUCCAACUCUACCUAAAGAUAUUGCAAAUAAACUUUUCAAAAAAUUUCACAUUUCUAAAUCUACUAUAAUUCUAUGACUAUAUUUUACUGAUGUUACUGCCAAAACUUGAUUUUUACCUAUAUCCACCAUGUAGAUUUACUAUUGAAAAACAUUUAGCUCUACAUAUUUAAAUAGAUAACAUAUAUACUUUUUAUCAUCACAUAUUAUAAUCAUGUCCAUUUUCUAAUUUGAACUCAAUACAAGUUUUAUAAUACUCUAUCAUUUUCAUCCUUUAUUGA